UGACAGCUGCGCCUAUGAGUGAAUGUGGAUGAGAGAGGAGCCACAAGACGCCCGCCUAUGCAAGCCUAUAAAAGCUGACUGGCUCUCGAAGGCUUUGGAAGGGGCUCUCCCUGGGGGCGCGCGCGGGACUGGGAACUUCAAGGGAGGGAAGGAAGGAAGGAAGGAAGGAAGGAAGGAAGGAAGGAAGGAAGGAAGGAAGGAAGGAAGGAAGGAAGGAAGGAAGGAAGGAAGGAGGAAGCUCCCUGCUCUGCGCGAGAGCUGAGCUGAGCUGAGCGGAGGGAGAGGAGAGGAGAGCUGCCUUCCCGCCUCGGCCCCAGUUAGAGCGGCGCGCGCUUCCCUCAGACGCCUUCUUCGGCGGGAGCCUCGCGCGCACCUCCUCCUCCUCCUGGCACCUCAUCCUCACGCUGCCUCCUCUUCCCGCCUCGGCUUUGGCGGCUCCCUAACUCCCUCCCUGUCUCUCUCUCUCUCUCUCUCUCUGUCUUUUUCUUUCCCCCUCCUUUUCCCCUUUUGCCUUUUCCCUGCCGCUCUCCUCCCUCCCGCCCGCGCCUCUGCCAUUUGCCUGCUUCCUCUUCAGCACCAACAGCAGCGGCGGCAGCAUGUCGAACUCAAGCAGGAAGGACUUUGACGUGAAGCACAUCUUGCGCCUCCGCUGGAAACUGUUCAGCCACCCAGCGGCGUCGGCGGGCGGCUGUUUGCAGCCGGACAGCAGCUUCGAGCACUGGGGCCCCAGCCAGAGCCGCCUCCUCAAGAGCCAGGAGAGGAGCGGCGGAGGCGCCUUCUGGAAGAGAGCCUCCUCUUCGUCCUCGUCGUCGUCCUCCUCUUCGUCGCCUCGCACCGCCUCGCCCCUGAACGGGACCUUGCUGCCGGCCACCCGGCUCCAGGCGCUGGCCGAGCAGCCGCCCCGCUCCGUCUUCUAUGUGGAGUCCCUGGAGGAGGAGGAGGCGCCGGGGGAGUUCCCUCGCCAGGCGGAGAAGGCGCUGCUCCUGCGCCAGGUCAAGGCGGGAGGAGGAAGGCAGGAGCCCGCGCCUCUCCCCGAUGGCGGAGGCGGCGAAGGAGGAGGCGGAGGCCGAGCAACAGGUGACGGGGCCGUCCACAGGUUGUCACCAGCCAGCCUCCCUUUACAACCUCAGUAUGACAUUGACCCUAAUAGUUCUGAGGAGUUUUAUCAGGCUGUACACCAUGCUGAACAAACCUUCAGGAAGAUGGAGAGCUACCUGAAACAACAGCAACUCUGUGAUGUUAUCCUGAUUGCUGGAAACCGUAAAAUACCUGCACAUAGACUUGUUCUAAGCUCCGUUUCUGAUUACUUUGCUGCCAUGUUUACAAGUGAUGUUUGUGAAGCAAAACAAGAAGAAAUCAAAAUGGAAGGCAUUGACCCAAGUGCAUUAUGGGACCUUGUUCAGUUUGCCUAUACAGGUUGCCUGGAACUAAAGGAAGAUACCAUAGAAAACCUCCUGGCAGCAGCAUGCCUUCUCCAGCUCCCUCAAGUAGUUGAAGUCUGUUGCCAUUUCCUCAUGAAGCUUUUACAUCCAUCUAAUUGUUUGGGAAUCCGGGCAUUUGCAGAUGCUCAAGGAUGCACAGAGCUUAUGCAGGUGGCUCACAACUAUACCAUGGAAAACAUAAUAGAAGUUAUUAGAAAUCAAGAAUUUUUACUGCUGCCAACAGAAGAACUCCAUAAACUUCUAGCUAGUGAUGAUGUGAAUGUUCCUGAUGAGGAAACCAUUUUCCAUGCCUUAAUGAAGUGGGUGAAAUAUGACAUGCAGAGGAGAUGCAAUGACCUGAGUAUGUUACUUGCCUACAUCCGGUUGCCACUUCUUCCACCACAGAUUUUAGCUGACCUAGAAAACCAUGCACUUUUUAAAGAUGACUUGGAAUGUCAGAAGCUGAUUCUGGAAGCUAUGAAAUAUCAUCUUUUGCCAGAAAGACGAACUCUUAUGCAAAGUCCAAGAACUAAGCCAAGAAAAUCCACGGUUGGGACUCUGUAUGCAGUUGGAGGAAUGGACAACAACAAAGGUGCUACCACCAUAGAGAAGUAUGAUCUCAGGACAAAUAUAUGGAUCCAAGCAGGAGUGAUGAAUGGCAGAAGACUGCAGUUUGGUGUGGCUGUCAUUGAUGACAAACUCUUCGUUAUAGGAGGUCGCGAUGGUUUAAAGACAUUAAACACCGUUGAAUGUUACAAUCCAAAGACAAAGGCGUGGACUAUUUUGCCUCCAAUGUCAACUCAUAGGCAUGGCUUAGGAGUUACUGUUCUUGAAGGACCAAUUUAUGCAGUGGGAGGCCAUGAUGGCUGGAGUUAUUUGAACACAGUUGAGAGGUGGGACCCCCAAAGUCAACAGUGGACAUUUGUAGCCAGCAUGUCUAUUGCCAGAAGCACAGUCGGUGUGGCAGCAUUAAAUGGCAAGUUAUACUCAGUUGGAGGUCGAGAUGGCAGUUCUUGUUUGAGCUCAAUGGAAUAUUAUGAUCCCCACACAAACAAAUGGAACAUGUGUGCUCCGAUGUGUAAGAGAAGAGGAGGUGUUGGAGUGGCUACCUGUGAUGGUUUCCUCUAUGCAGUUGGAGGUCAUGAUGCUCCUGCUUCUAACCAUUGCUCCAGACUCCUGGAUUAUGUUGAAAGGUAUGAUCCCAAAACUGAUACUUGGACAAUGGUAGCACCAUUGAGCAUGCCACGUGAUGCAGUGGGUGUUUGUAUCCUGGGUGAUAAAUUGUAUGCAGUAGGCGGAUAUGAUGGCCAAACAUACCUGAACACCAUGGAGUCAUAUGAUCCCCAGACUAAUGAAUGGACACAGAUGGCAUCUCUAAAUAUUGGAAGAGCCGGAGCUUGUGUUGUAGUCAUAAAGCAACCAUGACUUUGUCUGCAGUGGAAUUUAUUGACUUUUGGGUGGAUUUUUCUGUCACACAAACAAGAAAGAAAACUUUGUUGAGCAUAAGGAUCGAUACACUCAACCCUCUGUUGAUCACAAACUUAAAAAUGGGAGACAAAAAAAGAAGAUUUGAUGCCUUUUCCAAUCAUUAGACACUGCUCAAUGGCUAAACAGCAACAAGAAAAAAUCAAUAUGUGGUGGGAGCCAAUGUACGAACAUAAAAAGGAUGAAGUUCAGGCCCUGCUCUACAGGCUGUGUGAUGCAGACACAGCAAAUUGUCAGUAUCUAAGACCAACACUUUAUAAACAGUGAAGCGACCUAACAAAUGGUUUUCAUAGCACUAGAUAUUUUAACUCUGGAAUCACCAUAGCACACUAAGUCACUUUUUAAAACCAUAGUUUUAUUAAAAGAAAAUGUACAUAACUGGUCUAUUCUCUCUCAUUCUCAAAGCCUUAUCUUCAAAUGGUUUACAUGUUCUACCAUUUACACAGACAGUAUUAGACAGGAGAGAACCAUAGUAUCCUCCUAAAAUUAAGAAAUGUUAUCAACUUCUAGCCUUUUCUUUUCAACAGAAAUUAUCUAAGAUGACCAAUGCAGCAUGAUUGUUUGUCUGCUGUUAAACUAUCUCCUCCCACUAGAGUUAUACAUUGUUUCUGAUUGUAGUGAUGUAUUCUAAGUGGGAGAGAUCUCAAUGUAGAGAAAAGACUGAUGCUUUUGUACCAUUGCCGCUUCACUACAAGAAAAAAAGAUCCAAAGGAAAAUUCUCACAAAUCCACCUUAUCUUCAUGUUCAAGCAUGUCAGUUCUUGUCUCUUUCAAAGCUUGUGUACUUCUCCUGCAUGUGGGAAGUUUGUGGAAGGCAGGGCAACUGCAGCUUUUACUGCAUUGCAUCAUGUAACAGGCAACAUGCAACAAUUACAAGGCAAUUCCAUUAUAAGACAGAAAUACAGUAAGAGACAAAAAUGUUAUAAUGCUUAUGUGUGUUUUCAGAUCUCAUCAUUGUUCUAAUUCAAUUGUGUGGCUUUAUUUAUCACCUAAAAACCCUGUUUCUUCAAGUUAUUUGUAAUAUGGAACAAAUUAGCUUUUCAACAAGAGAAAGGUGUAACAAUCUACCAAUGUUUAUUAAAAGCUGAAUAGCAGGUAGAGAGAGAUGGUGGUUUGAGCACAAAUGGGGAAGGAAAUACAGCAUGGACUUAUACAUUGCCUAUAUCCACAAUAUCAUUUACCCAUAUCCCUGGAAGUGUUUGUGGGCUCUUCUACGUAGGUCAUCCAAAGUGACUCUAUGAUAUGUUUCCAGCUGAAGUACAGUAAAAUAAAAAGUCUUUGCUAUUAUUUGAGGUUUCAAAGAUCCACAGUGGGUCAUUUAACAUAUUCCUUCCAAAUAUGGGGGUCAUACUUUACUUUCACCCAGCUAUUUUUGCCCUGUUCAAAAGCUAUGAAGAAGACAAAUGAAUAGCAAGGAAGAAAAUCAGCUUUCCACAUUUUAUUUUCAUUUUUAAAUGGAGGAUUGUUAUAUAGAUUUGCUAUAUAAUACAAAAUUUAUACUCAUGGAAUGAUGGAUCAAUGAGCACAUAAAUAGAACAACAAAUCAAACUGUUUUGGCAAAAUGUGUCUUAAUAGCAGAGCAUCUGCUUUGCAUGGAUUGAAACUGAAUUCAAAACUAUAUUAAACCUUUUCCCCUAAAUAUCUGCUAUUUAUACGAAUGAGCCACAGAAAUUACCUUGUGGAUUUUACAUAGGUAUCAGUGUUGGCUGUGUUAAGUCAUGGAGCAUGGUUGAACUUUCAUAUCAAAAGACCAAAAUAAAAUUGGUUUUACUGGAGUAAUUGUAGCAAGAAUAAAGCUUUCUGUGAAGCCUUCUGGGAUGCGGCCAAUGAUUCUGUUUAUUAAAGUUUGGCAAUGAGAAAAACUGAAGUGUGAGGUUUUUGCCCUUCAAAUCCAUUUGAUAGCUGAACAAAGGAUUUAUGUUCCAGUGACUGUGGAGAAUCUAACCUCCUCCUCUUUUCCAUUUUGCAAUCAAGUGCAAUUAGUAAACAAACAGUGGAAUAGCAUGGUAUGUAUUCUGUAAUUUAUUCCUGAUCUGAAUGUUAUAAAUUAACAAUAAGGAACAAACAAGGAGUAUAUGUGUAUUCUCUGUCUCAUAAAAUUAGAAAACUAAAACAUGGA